GAGGCGGGAUUAGAACCCACGUCCUCUGACUCCCGAGCCCGGACUCUUGCCAGUAAGCCACGCUGUUUCUCCAGACGAAGCGAAGUCGACUUGGCCGCGGCCGCCGCUCUGGCCCAGUUGCUCUUGGACCGAGAGAACCCUCGCCCCACCUGCCAGAGGGGACUCCCCCGAGGCACCAGCCAUGCGCCUUCCGUGAACAGCUCGCCUCCCCAUGCCUUGCGCCGGAGCACCCCGGAGAUAGGGAUGGCUUGGUGCUGAGACCGUCAGCGUGGGGAGAGCCAGCGAGGAAACCGUCCCCCUUCGGUUCCGGAGCAGGACCCAAAACAUGGAGGAGUUUACCACCAGGACCUAUGGCACUAGUGGUCUGGACAACAGGCCCCUGUUCGGAGAAACUUCAGCCAGGGAUAGGAUCAUCAACCUAGUCGUCGGCAGCUUAACAUCCCUCCUGGUUGUAGUCACUCUGAUCAGUGCUUUCGUGUUCCCGCAACUACCUCCAAAACCAGUGAAUAUCUUUUUUGCCGUUUGCAUCUCUUUGAGUACAAUUACUGCCUGCGUUCUUAUCUACUGGUAUCGACAAGGAGACCUGGAGCCCAAGUUUAGGAAUCUCAUUUACUAUAUUUUAUUUUCUCUCGUGAUGCUGUGUAUAUGUGCCAACUUGUAUUUCCACGACGUGGGAAAAUGAGGCAGGAUCCCUCCCUGGGUUCACUGCGGCCCCCUGGGCCCCACGCCACGGCCUGCCCCGGACCCACCAAGCCAGAACAGACUGGGCCGGGGGACUUGCCCUGUGACCUCUGUUAGAGCAGCACACUAAACUCCCUCUUGAAGGGAGAAGACUGGGCCUCUCAAGACUGGCUUUCUGCAUCUUCUUCAUAAGGCGUUACUGUUACCACAGUGAAUGGUACAAUUUACCCUUCACUUUAGAAAACGUGUGUGUUUUUUUUUAUGGUAUCCCAUGUAACACUGCCCAGAGGCAACAUAACAAACAUCUCCGAACUCUAA